AAGAGAAAAACUGAUCGAUGAGCAAAACAAACACAAAUGAAGAAGGAAGCACUUAUUGUCGUGGCAUUAAUAUGCAUUGAAAAAAGUCUGAAGAAGAAGAGAAGGAGGAGGAGAAUGUGGACGCGUUUGUGGCUCGGGAAAAGAGGCCAACUUGGGAUGCCAGUUUUGCAGCGAGAGUUGGAGACAGAUGAUCGAAGCAGCUUCAGAAGUUUUCUCCGCAUGGAUGUGGACCAGUUCAAUGAUCUGCUCCAACUGGUGGCUCCAUACAUUUCUAAAAACAACACCCAACUGAGACAGGCAAUCAGGGUCAGAGAGAGACUGUCCAUUACAUUGAGAUCUUUAGCAACAGGAGAGUCGUUUUCCUCAUUAAGUUUCCAGUACCGUACUGGAAGGAGCACUGUUGGUGUACUUGUAAAGGAGACCUGUAGGGUGUUGCACCAUGUCCUCAAGAAGGAUUACCUGAAGACACUAACUACUGAGGAUGAGUGGAGAGAGGUGGACAGUGGCUUUCAGAACAAAUGGCAGUUUCCCCACUGUCUCGGUGCCAUUGAUGGCAAACACAGCCAUCCUUCCACCAAGCAACAGUGGGAGCACCUUCAGGAAUUACAAGUCUCAUUUCUCUGUAGUCCUGAUGGCUGUGGUAGACGCUCAUUACCGUUUUCUGUAUGCUAAUGUCGGUACUCAAGGCCGAGUGUCUGAUGGAGGUGUUUAUGCCCACUCAGACCUGAAACAGGCAAUGGACAGCAACCUCUUAAAUGUUCCUCCAGCUCAAAGUCUAUGUGGCACAGAUGUUGUCAUGCCUUUCAUGUUUGUCGCAGACUAGGCUUUUCCACUACACACACACUUAAUGAAGCCGUACCCCUUCAGACAUCUCGACCAUGAGCAGCGCAUCUACAAUUAUAGACUGUCAAGAGCUAGACGUGUGGUAGAGAAUGCCUUUGGCAUACUUGCCAACAGAUGUUUUUUUUUUUUUUUACAGAUUUCUUAAAGCCAUUCUUCUAGACCCAGAGGCAGUGUCCUGGAUAACCCUGGCUGCUCUGUCCCUGCACAACUACCUGCGAGCACAGGCCACAGACACCUACAUCCCCCCUGCUCUGGUAGACAUAGAGGAUGACGACCAUCACAUCACCCCUGGAAGCUGGCGCAGUGACACCACCCUUCAGUCAGUGCUUGCUGGCAGAGAUCGAAAUGCUACGGAACAGCGUGACAGACUGAAAGACUACUUUUCCUCACCGGCAGGUUCUGUGUCUUGGCAGGAACAAAUGCUCUAAUGUAAAGGAAAAAGAUGCUAAAAGUUGCUUA